CGUAAUACAGCUGCAGCGUUUUUGGAGAAAACUUUGAACUAUUUGCAGUUUCUUUGAUAACAAUCGGGUGUUUUAUUUAUAGUUUUCAUAAAUUAGGGAAACUGGGGGUUCUUGUGCUGUCGGGACUACUGAGCAGCCUGUGGCCAGACAUAAUCUCUAACAUGGAUGGUGUGAUGAUGGAGGAAGAAGAAGAUGAUUGUCCAGAACUGGUGCCCAUCACCACCCAGUCCGGUCCUCCUGCAGAGCAGAUACCGGUCACCAUCAUCACAGGUUACCUCGGUGCUGGAAAGACGACACUCCUCAACUAUAUCUUAACAGAACAACACAACAAGCGGAUCGCUGUCAUCCUCAAUGAGUUUGGAGAGGGCAGCGCUCUUGAGAAAUCCCUCGCUGUGAGCCAGGCAGGAGAGCUGUAUGAGGAGUGGUUGGAACUGAGGAAUGGCUGCCUCUGCUGCUCCGUCAAGGACAAUGGUCUUAAAGCGAUUGAAAACCUGAUGGAGAAGAAAGGAAAGUUUGACUAUAUCUUACUAGAAACCACAGGACUCGCCGAUCCAGGAGCUGUGGCCUCCAUGUUCUGGGUUGAUGCAGAGCUCGGCAGUGACAUCUAUUUGGACGGCAUCGUCACUGUCAUCGAUGCCAAGUAUGGACUACAGCAACUGGCAGAAGAAAAAGCAGACGGGCUCGUCAAUGAAGCAGCCAGGCAGAUUGCUGUCGCUGACCUCACCAUUAUUAACAAGACAGACCUGGUUAAUGAGGAGGAACUAAACCAAGUCAGAGACACCGUCAGGUCGAUAAAUGGUCUCGUCAAGAUUCUAGAAACCCAGAGAUCAAAAGUGGAUCUCUCUGAGGUGCUGGAUCUGCAUUCCUUUGACAGCAAGGAUGGAGCAAAUCUUGCAGAGAAGCUCCAACUUGUGAAAUCUACACGACCACAUCUUGACAAGAGUAUUUUAACCGUGACGUUUGAAGCGGCUGGAGAUCUGUCUGAGGAGGCUCUGAACGCCUUCAUCCAGGAUCUCCUUUGGGAAAAGAUGUACUGUAACAAAGAAGGGCAACCCAUGACUGUUAUCCGGUUAAAGGGCAUAGUAUCAUUUGCAGGUAAAGCCCACCAAACGAUGCUGCAGGGGGUCCACGAGCUGUACGAGCUGAAUGAGACUCCACAGCUUUGGGAGGAGAACCCGCGGAUCAACCGGCUGGUCUUUAUAGGUAGAAACCUGGAUAAAGACAUCCUGCAGGAACAAUUCAUUUCUAAAGUGAUGCUGGGCACAGAGAAAAAAUAGCUAAAACUACUAAAACCUCCUGCUUCACAUCAAAACCUGUUGAUUGUGGAGCUAGAAUUGCGGCGCUGGCUAUCCGUAAAUCUGAGAUUAUCUUUCAGACAUUCAUUCCUUUUCUACUUGAGGAUGAGGCGUGUCCGAGGAUGACUAAGGUAACCGUACUGGUCAACAUAGUGGCUGUAUAUUGUGAUGAUCCAUCACAAUCUGCUUUAAAAGCUACAGUAAUUAAGAAUGUUUGAUGUGCUUCUGACCUGGAAAGUUACCAAACGUGACCCCCUAAAUAACUAAUAAUGUUUGCACAUACAAAGAUGCCACAAAGGCCCAGGACUUCAGUCAAUAGAAUGCAUUUUUAGAAACUCUGCUUUAUGAAAUCUGCAAUAUUUAAAGGUUGGCGCCUCCGUGACGCACAAACUGUAUCGAGUGUUGAUUCUACUUGAAGUAUCCCUGCUUAUGUUUCUAACUUUUAACACCCUUUAUUUUUAAAUUAUUCAAAAUAAAGUUUUCUUCUGAAUAUAA